AUGAGCCUGGUAGCCUGUGAAUGUCCACCUGGCCCAGCCGAGCCGGAGCCCUGUUCCCGAGCACGGUCCCAGGCCUGCAUGUACCUGGAACAGAUCCGUAACCGGGUAGCUGCAGGGACCCCAGUGACCAAACGUGACUACCUGGUAGAUGCAGCUACACAGAUCCGCCUGGCGCUGGAGCGAGAUGUUAGUGAGGACUAUGAGGCGGCCUUCAACCACUACCAGAACGGUGUGGAUGUGCUACUCCGUGGCGUACAUGUUGACCCCAACAAGGAGAGAUGCGAAGCUGUGAAGUUGAAAAUUGCCAAGUACCUCCGGAGGGCAGAGGAGAUCUUUAACUGCCACCUGCAGCGGACGCUGGGCAGCGGAGCCAGCCCUGACACGGGCUUCAGCAGCCUGAGGCUCCGGCCCAUCCGCACACUGAGCUCUGCUCUGGAACAGCUGAGGGGAUGCAGGGUGAUUGGGAUCAUCGAGAAGGUGCAGUUGGUCCAGGACCCAGCAACGGGAGGAACCUUUGUUGUGAAGGGCCUUCCCAGGUGCCACAUGGGAAGCCAGGAGCGGCUGACGAUCAUCCCACAUGGAGUGCCCUACAUGACAAAGUUGCUGCGAUACUUUGUGAGUGAGGACUCCAUCUUCUUGCACCUGGAGCAUGUGCAAGGAGGCACUCUUUGGUCACAUCUACUCUCCCAGGCCCACUUUCAAUAUUCUGGGCUCAAGCCUGGCUCUGCCCGGGAGAAGUCAAAAGUCCAGCUCAACACCCACCUCUGCCUCAUGACCCCUGCAAAGCUCCCACCGGGCCGCAGCUUGGAGCAGGACAGGUUCCCAGUGGAGCCUCCGUGGACUUCUCGGAGCCUUCCCCCAGCCAAGGAGAUGCCAUCCCCCCGAGACCUCCAGAAAGAGGCUGACAGUGAGCCCUCAGCCAGGAUCGGUCCUCUCUGCUCUUCGGACCUCACAGAAGCCCCGUGGGGCCACGUGCGCAGUCAAAUCAGGCGAGCCGGCCAGAGUUCGAACCCUGCACCCAACCGGAGGCUCCACUGGGUCCGGGAAGGGGCUGACCGGGUGCUAGGGGCCUAUGGCCGAGGCAGAGGUCAGAAGCCGCCAUGCAACAGGGCCAGCCCGGGGUGUGGGAGAGCUGUCUGGAGCCCGAGGGAGGAACAGGUGAAGCAGUGGGCCGCGGAGAUGCUGGUGGCACUGGAGGCCCUGCAUGAGCAAGGGGUGCUGUGCCGGGACCUCAACCCACAGAACCUGCUUCUGGACCAGGCAGGUCACAUCCGACUCACAUAUUUCGGCCAGUGGUCCGAAGUGGAGCCCCAGUGCAGCCAGGAGGCUGUGGACCGCCUGUACAGUGCUCCAGGUCGGGGCAUUGCUGAGCUGACUGAAGCCUGUGACUGGUGGAGUUAUGGGUCACUUCUGUAUGAACUGCUCACAGGAACAGCACUGUCCCAGAGCCACCCCUCAGGAUUCCAGGCCCACACCCAACUUCAGCUGCCUGAGUGGCUCAGUCGCCCAGCAGCUUCUCUGCUGACCGAGCUGCUGCAGUUCGAUCCCCAGCGGCGUCUAGGUGCUGGAGGUGGCGGCACCAGCCAACUCAAGUCCCACCCCUUUUUCAGUAGUAUCCAGUGGAGCCGACUAAUGGGGUGAGGGGUGGGUAAGUGGACAAAGCAGCUGGCCUGGUUCCUGACUGUCUGCCAUCUGGGCUGGCCCCUCAUCAGUGGACCUCAGGGGACGAAGGUGGUUUCCUGCUUGGGCCUCAGAAGACGGCCUGUCCUAAAGAGCCGGCUCUGUACAAGCUGUUGGAGGGGCAGCGAGGUGCGGCCUGCUGAGCAACCUAUACUCGACAGUCGACAGACUCCUUGUACCCUUAGCUGGGACCCAUCACGUUCAAGGGUGCCUCCUGUUGCUCUAGCUCCAAACUACUCAACACCCGCUGAGCCAAGUGAGAAUCUGGUGGCACUGCCAUGUUGUAGGACAUCCCAGGACACUGAACCUGUGGCUCAGCAGACCCAAACCAAGACUGUCCUGGGUCCAUCCCAGUGAGCUGCUUCUCCCAGAGGAUGCUUGUUCCACAGGGGUCGGGCCACUCGGAAGUAGGUUUUCUGUAGGGUGAAAUGGAGAGAGGUGGGGGAAGUCCGGCCCACCGACUUUGGAGAAUAAAUUAAGAAGAGAAGCCAACAGGGUUAAGAGUGGGUAAGAAUACGGCUUCACCACGUAGACUGCGUUUGAAAAUAGAAUAAAGAGCUUUAUUCUCUG